AUGGAGGAGGUCUACGUCUUCGGCGAUCAAACGGCAGACUGCCGGGCGUUCUUCACCAAGGUCUUCUCCCGGAGGGACGAUGUACUUCUACAGAGUUUCCUGGAGAGAGCUGGUGAAGCCGUCAGAGUCGAAAACAAGAAUCGAUCCCAUCCUUCCAAAGCAGUCCCUAAUUUUAACACUAUUCAAGAGUUAGUCGAUCGUUACUAUAGAGGAGAUGCAAAGGACGCCGCAAUUGAGAGCGCCCUCGUUUGUAUAUCACAGUUCACUCAUUUCAUUGGUGCUUUCGAAGAGAGAACACCCUCUUAUGUUCAACCUAAUACAGAUGCACGAUUGGUCGGUCUUUGCACGGGUUUACUUGCUGCCUCUGCCGUCGCCUCCGCAGAUUCGUUAACGGCUCUCCUUCCUUUGGCCGUCGAAUCCGUCCGAAUUGCCUUCAGAGCCGGGGCCCACGUUGGAAGAGUGGCAGAUCAAAUUGAGUGUGAUACAAAGCCUCAGUCAUGGUCUACCAUUGUCGCUGCAGACGAGAAGUCGGCGCAGGCGGCUCUGGACGCCUUCCACAAAGAGAAGGGCACUUCUCCAACCAACAGACUCUGGAUCAGUGCCUCUUCGGCAACUUCUGUCACGGUCAGCGGACCUCCUUCCAUGAAAGCCAGCCUUUUCGAGGAUUCUGAAUUCUUCCGAACACACAAAAACGCCCCCGUGUCCAUCUACGCUCCUUACCACGCUUCACACCUGCAUUCACAAUCCGAUCUGGAAAAAAUUCUCCGACCUCAGACAAAGGCAAUCUUCGGCAAUGCUCCCGUCCGAUUUCCAGUCUGCUCCAGCGUCGCUGGCAAGCCAAUCGUCGCUCAAAACGGAUACGAGCUCCUUCUGGGCGCUUUGAAGGAAAUUGUAAUUGAGCCACUAAGAUGGGACAAGGUUCUGAAAUACUGUGCAUCUGGCAAGGCUUCAGAAGCCAAGGUCUUCGCCAUUGGCCCCACGAAUCUUGCAAGCAGUGUCGUCUCAGCCCUGAAGGCAUCGACACCCAAAGUCGGUCUCGAGGAUCAAUCUCACUGGUCAACCGUUGCCCCAGCUGGAACUCGGCAUUCGAAGAAAGAAGCAGAUAUCGCCAUCGUGGGCUAUUCGGGCCGUUUCCCUGAUGCCGCCGACAAUGAGCUUUUCUGGCAAUUGCUGGAGAAGGGUCUCGACGUUCACCGACCGGUCCCCCCGGACCGAUUCCCCGUCGAUUCCCACACGGAUCCAACCUCCAAGAAGAAGAACACGUCGCACACACCAUUCGGCAACUUCAUUGAGAAACCUGGGCUUUUUGACGCUCGAUUCUUCAACAUGUCACCCAGAGAAGCCGCUCAAACGGAUCCCAUGCAGCGAUUGAUGCUGGCUACCGGUUAUGAGGCCAUGGAGAUGGCCGGUAUCGUUCCGGGCAGAACUCCAUCUACCAAACACGACCGAAUUGGAACAUUCUAUGGUCAAACCUCCGAUGACUGGAGAGAAGUCAAUGCCGCCCAGGACAUUGAUACCUACUUCAUCUCCGGAGGCGUGCGUGCAUUUGGUCCAGGCCGCAUCAACUACUUUUUUAAAUUCUCGGGCCCCAGUUUCUCGGUUGAUACCGCGUGCUCUUCGAGCUUUGCCGCCAUCAACGUUGCAAUCACCUCUCUCAGAGCCGGUGAAUGCGACACUGCCUUCACCGGUGGUGCUAACGUGCUCACCAACUCCGACAUUUUCUCCGGUCUGAGCAGAGGUCAUUUCCUCUCCAAAACAGGAUCCUGUAAGACCUGGGAUAACGACGCGGAUGGCUAUUGCCGAGGUGAUGGUGUAUGCACGGUCAUCAUGAAGCGCAUGGAAGAUGCUCUCGCUGAUCGUGAUCCAAUUCUGGGUGUUGUCCGAGGAAUUGGUACCAACCACUCCGCUGAGGCCGUCUCCAUCACCCAUCCUUGCGCUGAAAACCAAGCAUUUUUGUUCGACAAGGUGCUCAAGGAGUGCAACGUCCCCUGCAAUGAUGUGAAUUACGUCGAAAUGCAUGGAACAGGUACACAAGCUGGUGACGGGAUCGAAAUGGAGUCUGUUUCCUCAGUCUUUGCACCCCGACAGAAUCGUCGACGCCCUGAUCAGCCUCUGUAUGUUGGAGCCGUCAAGUCCAACAUCGGUCACGGUGAAGCCGUCUCUGGAGUUUGCGCUCUCAUCAAGGUUCUCCUCAUGUUGCAGAAGAGCAAGAUCCCGCCUCACACGGGUAUCAAGAAGCAAAUCAACAAGAACUUCGCCCCGGAUUUGAAGGAGCGCAACGUCAACAUUGCAUUCCAGACCACUCCAUUCCCCCGACCCGCUGGAGGCAAGCGAAUUGUGUUCAUCAACAACUUCAGUGCUGCUGGUGGUAACACAGCGAUGCUGUUGCAAGACGGCCCUGAAGUUUCCAAAGAGCCUACACCUGAUCCACGAUCAACCCAUGUGGUGACCGUGUCGGCCAAAUCUUUGGCUGCUUUCAAGAAGACCAUAACAAGAUACGAGGCUUACUUGGCCGCCAACCCCAACGUCGGCUUGACGGAUCUUGCCUACACUUUGACUGCCCGACGAGCACACUACAACUAUCGAGCGGCAUUCCCCGUCCAGUCGAUCCCACAACUGCAGUCGUCGUUGAAGGCCAUCCAGGAUCAAGCCCACAAUCCCAUUCCCCUUGCCGCGCCUCAAAUCGCCAUGGCCUUCACCGGGCAAGGCUCUCAAUACACCGGUAUGGGCCAGAAGCUCUUCGAAACCUCGACACAAUUCCGAGGCGACAUUGAAGAAUUCAAUGAGAUCGCACUUCGCCAGGGCCUUCCCUCCAUCAUGCCAUUGAUCGAUGGAUCUGUGGAAGUGCAACACCUGCCUCCUACGGUGGUGCAGCUGGGAAUGUGCUGUAUCCAAAUGGCUCUCACUCGCCUUUGGGCCACCUGGGGAGUCACUCCCAGUGUUGUCAUCGGUCACUCAUUGGGUGAAUAUGCCGCUCUCCAAGCUGCAGGUGUUCUUUCUGUUGCCGACACCAUCUAUCUGGUCGGUAUGCGAGCUCAACUCCUCGAACAAAAAUGCACCGCCGGUACUCAUGCAAUGCUCGCUGUGAGAUCACCGGUUGCUGGUCUUCAAGAUGUGGUUGCCAAUAGCCAGGGCAAGAUUGAAAUUGCUUGCAUUAACGGUGUCUCGGAUACCGUUCUCUCUGGCACCAUGGGUGACAUUGAUGCCGUGGCCCAAAAAUUGGCUGACGCAGGACAGAAAUGCACCAAGUUGAAGUUGCCAUUCGCCUUCCACUCAUCCCAGGUCGACCCAAUUCUGGCCGACUUCGAGAAGUUGGCGUCUUCGGUCAAAUACCACCCACCACGUGUCCCAGUCAUCUCUCCUCUCUUGAGUGACAUUGUUAAUGUUGGCGGUGUUUUCGACGCCUUCUAUCUCAGCAGACAUUGCCGAAAGACCGUUGACUUCGUUGGUGGUCUCUCCGCGGGCAUGUCGACUGCCACCAUCAGCGACACUUCCCUCUGGCUCGAGGUGGGCGGCCAUCCCCUUUGCGCCAGCAUGAUCAAGUCGUGCCUGUCCGCUCCGACUUUGCCAACCAUGCGCCGUGAUGAGGAUCCAUGGAAGAUCAUCUCGACUUCCAUGGCCGGACUGUACACCGCUGGCAAGGCUCUUAACUGGGAUGCCUUCCAUAAGGAGAAUGAAUCUCUCCGUGUCUUGAACGAUGUGCCAUUCUACGGAUUCGAUGAGAAGAACUACUGGCUUCAAUACACCGGCGACUGGCUCCUGUACAAGGGUGACUACCCCAAGGCCAUCGCUCCAGCGCCAGUUACCGCGGCCCCGGCGGGACCGGCCACAGCCAGAAAAUAUCUUUCCACUUCCGUCCAGGGAAUCGUGUUUGAGGAGGUUAAGGGAAAGACAGCAACCAUCGUCGCUGAAUCUGACUUUGCUCACCCUAAGUUGUUCCCGGUCAUCGCUGGCCACCUUAUCAAUGGCAGCGGCUUCUGCCCAUCGACCUUGUAUGCCGACAUGGCUUAUACCUUGAUCAACUAUGGUGUCAAUCUCCUGAAGCCUGGCGAGAAAGUUGAUAUCAAUAUCGGUGCCAUGGACAACCCAGCACCUCUUCUGCUUAAAAACAUCAACGAGCCCGAGAGCCAGACUAUCCGCAUGACCAUGAAGAUUGACCUCGACGCCCGAAAGGCCGAUUUCACUAUUACAACCAACAAUGGAAAGAAGGAUGUGGUUCAUGCCAAGUGUGUAAUUCGCUUCGAAGACGCUGGCGCCUGGAAGGAGGAAUGGAACAAGACAUCUUACCUCGUCCAAUCCAGAAUUGACCUCUUGAAACACAAGGUGGAGAAUGGGGAGGCAGACAAAGUCAGCCGCGCUAUGGCCUACAAGCUGUUUCAAGCUUUGGUAGACUACUCCGAUAUUUACCAAGGCAUGCAGAGUGUCGUCUUCGACGGCCCAGAAUUCGAAGCUGCCAGCAACAUCAAGUUCCGAGCUGGUCCCAACGACGGUGACUUCUACUUCAACCCAUACUUCAUCGAUAGCGCCUGUCAUCUCUCUGGUUUCACUGUCAACGCUACGGUGAACCCUCAGGAGGAGUGCUACAUCUCUCAUGGUUGGUCUAGUCUUCGAUUCGUUGCCCCUCUCGAACAGGACAAGCAAUAUUUUGCCUAUGUUAAGAUGCAACCUGUACCAGGAAGCAAGAUGAGAGCUGGUGACGUCUAUGUCUUCAACUCCAACAAGGAAAUUGUCGGUCUUGCUGGUGGUGUUCGCUUCCAAUGCGUUCCUCGCAAGCUGAUGGACGUCUUGGUGCCCAGGCCCAAGGCCGGUACCAAAGCCGCUUCCCCAGCUCCUGCUGCUCCCAAGGCUGCCCCUGCUCCCAAAGCUCCUUCUCCCAAGGCUGCUGCACCUACUCACAUCGAGCUGCCGGCCCCCAAGGUGAAGGCAAAGAAGCAAGUCAAGGCACCCAAGGUCAAGGCCCCCGUACCUCCCAAGGCCUCAUCCGGCAGCCUUGUUGGCCGAGCAUUCGACAUCAUCGCCAAAGAAAUCGACGUUGAUCAAUCCGAACUCAACGAUGACAUCCAAUGGGCCGAUAUGGGUGUGGACAGCUUGAUGUCCUUGACGAUCUCCGGCAAGUUCCGUGAGGAUCUUGAUCUCGAGGUGGAAAGCACCCUCUUCACUGACUAUGCCUCCGUUGGUGCCCUUCGUAAGCAUCUUGGUGGCAUGUCUGCUCCUGAAACGACCACCAGUGGUGACGCAAGCUCUGUUGAGUCCUCCGACUCUGGAUCCGAAAGUGACGAAGAAACGGUCGAGUCUGGCAUCACCACCCCCGACACGGAAGACUUCCCCGCUAAGCCCCAGGAACAAGCCAAGGCUACCGCUGUGGAAGCAGUUGCUCAGGCACCUUCCGCUGAGGGUGGUGAUAUGAUUGAAACCAUCCGCGUUGUCAUUGCUCAAGAAAUGGAGAUGGAAUUGGCUGAAAUCACCGAGACCACUGACCUGAGCAACUUGGGAAUGGACUCUCUGAUGGCGUUGACUGUUCUUGGUAAACUUCGCGAGGAGCACGACAUUGAUCUCGACCCUACGAUCCUGGCCGACAACCCAUCCCUGGGACAUCUCCGAAAGGCUCUUGGCCUUGAGAAGAAGCAGCCAGCACCACCGCCGGCGCCCACGUCGGCGCCGGCUCAGAAACACGAGGUCAGAACCAAUGUCGUUACCACUCCCGUUGCACCUCCAGUUGAGGUUGUUGUCCAGAUGCCUCCUGCGACCUCGGUCUUGCUCCAAGGCAACCCCAAGACUGCCAACAAGAACCUCUUCCUGUUCCCUGAUGGCUCCGGAUCUGCGACCUCCUACGUGUCCAUCCCAGCCAUCGAUAGCAAGAACUUGGCAGUCUACGGCCUCAACUGCCCGUUCAUGAAGGAUCCUACCAGCUACACCUGCGGCAUUGAAGGUGUCUCCAAACUCUAUCUUGAGGAAGUGAUGCGCCGACAACCGGUUGGUCCCUACAUCCUGGGUGGUUGGUCCGCUGGCGGUGUUGUGGCCUAUGAAGUCACCAGACAGCUCAGCGACCUCGCUAAACUCCAUCCCGACAAGAACUACUACGUUGAGAAACUGAUCCUCAUUGAUUCUCCAUGCCCCAUCAGACUUGAGCCUCUGCCAGCUCGCCUGCACCACUUCUUUGAUGAAAUCGGCCUCUUGGGAACCGGCACGGGCAAAACCCCCAACUGGCUCUUGCCACACUUCGAAUACAGCAUCAAGGCUCUGACGGCCUAUCGACCAGAGCUGAAGAGCACACACGACUUCAAGGCACCCCCUACACUGCUCAUCUGGGCAACUGAUGGCGUGUGCGGCAAGCCUGGCGACCCACGGCCGCCGCCACAGGCUGAUGAUCCCAAGAGCAUGAAGUGGCUCUUGGAAAACAGAACCGAUUUCGGUCCUAACGGUUGGGACAAACUUUUGGGUGCUGACGCCUGCAAGAUGGUUACCGUGGUCGGUAACCACUUCACCAUGAUGAAGCCUCCGGUGGCUAAGGGCGUUGGUCAAUACAUUCGAGAGGCCAUCUUGUAG